UGCAAAUGUUGACUUGCCUGCUGAAAGAAGCAUUGGUUAUAACUCAGAUUGAUUUAUAAAGUAUAAACACACAUUUUAUGGACCAAAUUCAAAACAGACCAAACUCGAAUUUAUUAUCAAGCGACUUAUGCUAAGAAUAGCCAACCAGAAAAUCGCCAAAAUUGAUUGCUGUGUUUUUGUUUUACACCAUCGCAAAAGCAUGACUUUUGGUUGAAUCAAAUUUUGUUAAUAAUCAACCAUUAUACUCUUCAUGCAACUUAAACUAUAGCUGUGUAGAGCUCUUCUAUGACCAAAGUUUAGAGUACCUUCAGUUUCUGCGGUACGUAGGUAAAUUGGUACGUGUUAGUUUGAUUACUGAUACCAACGUAUAAAGAAACCAUAGAACAAAAAAGACUUAGAAAAUUUGUCGGUGAAUCUAUACAGACUUCAAAAAAUAUUAUAUUUCAAUUUAAGUGCCGAAAGUUGUUAUCAUAUAUUGUGCGUCAUUGCCACAUAUCUACCUGAAAAUACGAUCAGCCAUUGUUACAUCAUCAUUGCGCUUUUAUUACAUAACAAUUGCGUAACUUUUGCGUCACGUCAUGGCGCAGUACAACAUUGGGGACACAGUGGUGGCCCUGUAUGAUUUCCCCAAACAGGAGCAGGAAGACUUGAAUGUGUGGAACGGGGACACCCUUCGAGUUAUAAACAACAAUGUGGGGGAGGGGUGGCUGCUGCUGGAGAAUAUCUACACCAACGAGCAAGGACUGGUUCCCGAGGGAUAUGUACAGUUCCAACAAGCCGCAGUCGCACCAUCGCGACCAGCCCCUGCACCCAACCCCGCUGUGCUACCUCCAUCCGACCAUUACAUACAACCAUACAACCCACCGAAUCAGCAUCAGCAGCAAGUCCCACCGGGCGAUGCGUACGAUGAGUAUGGCUACGACGACGACUUCGACAGCGACGACGACGAAUCAGUCGCCGGUGGGGGUCGAGAUUCCUCCACAGCCCGUCGACCCAUGGGGGGAAAACAAACAGGAGGUGCUAAUAUCCUCUCACGGUUCACAAACACCUCGGGUGCUGCUCUAACCGACUACAUUGCAGGCGUUCAUUUACCAAACGAUCCGCCGAGUAAAUUCAUUCAAGUCGCAUUUUACGACGGUCGGCCUAUGUGGGCACAAGCCGAGAUCUAUAACAUCAACUUCGGAAAACGGCAAGACGGGUCAAAAAUUGGCGGGAUCAAAAAAUUCCAAGUCUAUUCUGUGACACCGACAAGUACUAAUCGAUCAGUUUUGAGGAGGUACAAACAUUUCGACUGGUUGCUCCAUCGUCUACAAGAGCUCUUCCCAGCGGUCGCAAUUCCCGAUUUGCCCGACGCUAAAGUAACAGGUCACGAUGACUCAUUUAUCCAUGACCGUGAAAAGAAGUUAUUAGAGUGGGCAAAUCGUAUGUCAACGCAUCCGGUCAUUAGCCAAAGUGAAGUUUUUCAACACUUCUCAACCGGAAAUGAGAAGGAUGAGAAAAAAUGGAAAAAUGGGAAAAGGAAGGCGGAAAAAGAUCCGUAUCGAGGAAUGAACUCUUACUUGGCAGUUGAAGGAGAUCAAACGAAUUUCAGCUACAUCAACUCGCGAAGAGUUUUACCAGCUUUAGAGGCUUAUUCGAAAUAUUCGAACGAAGUUGAUAGACAAUCUAGAAUAGCGAUGAAUGCAGCUAAAGGCUUAACACAAACAUAUUCCGGGCCUUUGAAAGUCAACUUCAAAACGUUCGGAAAAAGUGUCUGGACUCUUGGUGGGUUUUUCAAGAAAGGUCUCGGCGGAAACUACAGCGAUUUGAUUUACUUUCCAGACAUGAGCGCUCUUGGAAAUGCUUUUGAAAGCAUUGGAAUGGCUUACCAGAAAAUUUCUGAAAUGUAUGACAACCAAACUGACAAGGAUUUUUCGGUUGUUGAAAACUCCUUGUGGAUUCAAACCGAAUGCAUUGAGCAUAUACCUUCGAUGCAUAAGCUGAACUCGUUGGCUGCUGAGACUUGUUCGAAUAAAUCAAACGCCAACGACGAAGGUGCCAUAGGGCGACUUACGAAAGUUCAAGCAGCUACGAUCUCCGAAAUUAAUCAUAUUCAAGUUAACACGCCGUCGCAUUACAAAAGUAUGAUGAAAACGGCACUGGAAGAACAAAUCAAUUUCUACAAAUCACUCAUUGAGAUUUUGGAACCGCAGCUGCAUGUAUUAGAAGCAGCGCCUGUAUAAAUGAUAGUAGUCGAGCUUGAAUGAAAAUUAGUUUCUGUUCAUCAAAAACUGAAAAAGUUAGUUUGCUUUCUACUGUUAAAUAUGUUGCAUACAUUUCGCAUACAGGUAUAUGUAAUUUCUUUAUAAGUGAAUUCAAUGUAAUAUUUCAA